CAAAUAGACAGGGGGGUCAGAGCUUAAAAUGUAAUGGGCUGGUGAGGGACGGUUGGGAGCGGGUGGGUCGGCGGAAAAGGGAUGUUGUGUCUGGCAUGUACGUUAUCACGAUUGACAUCAGAGUUGACGUACGCAUCCGACACAUCUCAGUCGUGCAUUUCUUUGGCAUCACAUUAAUAGUACACAACCGCGAUAAUAGGGAACGAUAACCAAUGUUUGCGCACUUGAAUAGAACUCAGAAGCAGAGAAGGCCGAUUGAAGCAUUGGAGCUAUAUGUCACAAACAUCGCUUUAACUGAUAUCAAAAUGACUGACAAGUUGCACUUGGAAGCCACCGAUGAAGAAUGUGAAGGAAACUGGCCCAAUAACAUACAGCUACAGGUACUGGAGACCCCGGACCGCGGCGGCAGCGGCGGCGUGGCCGACAUGGACGUGACACCAGAGGCCACCGGGGCUGGGGCCGCUGCUCCGACCGGCCCCCAGCUGCAGGACGGCACCUCAGAGCAGACGGCGAGACAGCCGGCGCAGACCGACCCCCAGCUGCAGGACGGCACCUCAGAGCGGACGGCGAAGCAGCCGGCGCAGUCGGACCCCCUGUUCACCUGGGCCGGCGAGGACGAGGUGGCAGCGAUCAUGUGGCUAGACGACGAGCAGGCCGCGGCUGUCACCUGGCUGGGCGGCGAGGUGACGGCAGUCGCGUUGAUCGGCGGCGAGGAGGGCGCCGAAAAGGCGGCGCAACCGGCGGCAGCCGCCACCGAGGCCUGGCCGAGCGGCGACGGCGGCGGCGACAAGGCCAACGGCGGCAGUAGCACCAGCGGCAGCGAGUGGACCGAGUUUUGUCGCAUCUGUCACGACGGCCCCGAGAGGGCGCCCCUGGUCUCCGCUUGCCGCUGCACUGGAUCCAUGCAGCACGUGCAUAACGACUGUCUGAUUCGCUGGAUUCUCAGCUCCUUCAACACCCACUGUGAAAUCUGCCUGCAUCGGUAUAGGAUUGGAACAACAGGCAUGAGGUUGCCACACCACUGGAAGCUGCCCCAGACGGACGGCGUCGAGCGCUACCACAUGAUGCUCUGCCUGGUGGCACUGGUGGUGCUCUCGGCCGUCAUCUCCUUCCUUAUCUACGUCAGCACCGACGAGGGACGCGAGGCGCGCACCUACCGCGACAGUCCGCUGGCGCCAGCGCUGUACACCGUGUAUGCCGUGCUGGGCCUGGUCUGUCUGGGCCUGGCCUCGGCUGAGCUGCACUACACCAUCUGCCCGCUGCUGGAGCGCUUCAGGCUGACCAACAUGAACCUGUUGGUCGUGCCGUUCGACCCCGACGACGAAGACGACGACACGCUGGACGCCUUCAGCGCCGACUACGUCACGGUGUGACGUCACUGGUGUUGAAGCCGCGACGCGUCACUGACUGCUGGUGUUAGAAGCGGAGUCGGAACUAGUGUGGCGGCAGGGAGGAGCAAGGCUUUGGGUGGAGGGAGCAGUGCCGAGGCAAUGCAAGACGGAAGACGGCCAUGCCCAAAACGACAACGCACGCCUCGGAAACAGAGGGGGCAUCCUCGGAGGGUGCCCGGCCCUGCUAAAACCCUCAGAUUCUGAGUCAGCGCUGGCAAAACAUAACGACAACGCACGCCUCGGAAACAGAGGAGCAUCCUCGGAGGGUGCCCGGCCCUGCUAAAACCCUCAGAUUCUGAGUCAGCGCUAGCAAAACAUAACGACAACGCACGCCUCGGAAACAGAGGGGGCAUCCUCGGAGGGUGCCCGGCCCUGCUAAAACCCUCAGAUUCUGAGUCAGCGCUAGCAAAACAUAACGACAACGCACGCCUCGGAAACAGAGGGGGCAUCCUCGGAGGGUGCCCGGCCCUGCUAAAACCCUCAGAUUCUGAGUCAGCGCUGGCAAAACAUAACGCUUUCGCAAGGCACGACAGCAUCAGGACGCGAGUGAGAGAUAUUCCACACAUCUUCCUGUGGAGCCAGCAGAGUACGACCGCAUUGCACCCGUUCACACCAAAGCUGGGAGCCCGCCCUGAAGCCAGCCGUCACUUCAUGUACGCCGGCCGCUGCUGCCGCCUGGCGGAAGAGACCAUGCGCCGAGCCGCGCUCGGGCCGCUGGCAUAGGGGGCAGCAUAGUCGGCCCCGCGGACAGCGACUCGAAGCAUUGCAUUCUCCGCCAACCGACGGCGGGCGCCGAGACGAUAGCUCCUCAUCGGCACCGUCAACAGCCGAAGGCGGUAGACGUGGCCCCGGCCCACUAAACGGCACUAGACGUCACGAAAACCUCCCAGCGUCACGGGGACACCUCCAGCGUCACGAGAACCUCACAGCGUCACGAAAACCUCCCAGCGUCACGGGGACACCUCCAGCGUCACGAGAACCUCACAGCGUCACGAAAACCUCCCAGCGUCACGGGGACACCUCCAGCGUCACGAGAACCUCACAGCGUCACGAAAACCUCCCAGCGUCACGGGGACACCUCCAGCGUCACUGAGAACCUCACAGCGUUACGGGGACAUCUCCAGCGUCACGAGAACCUCAUAGCGUCACGGGGACAGCUCCAGCGUCACGCAGAACCUCCCAGCGUCACGGGGACACCUCCAGCGUCGCAAGAACCUCCCAGCGUCACGGGACAUCUCCAGCGUCACGAGAACCUCCCAGCGUCACGGGGACAUCUCCAGCGUCACGCAGAACCUCACAGCGUCAUGGAUAUCCCCUCAGUGUCAUAAGGACAUCCUCAGCGUCACCAGGUGGCUGCAGGCAGGCCUGUGGCCUGUGAUACGGGUGAAGAGCAUCGGCACAUACCAGUCUCAGUGCAAACGACCGAUAAUGCCGCUGGUCGACGCAGCAGAUCAAGCGAUUUGCAACGAAUGGUUAAGUUCGAGUUGAGACUCAACGCGGGUAUAAAUAAAUGGGUGACGAAGAAGACA